AUGGUUUGCAUAUCGCUCCUUUUUUUGCUGGCGAAAAUCGCCUUGACGACUCUGGCCGACAAUUCCACGGCCGCGACCGAUGACGAGAGUGUCUCCUACAUCAUCGAGGCCGCGGAUGGCGUGGACCUCGGCACGGUCAAAAAUGUCGUCGCCGGGGCGGCAACCGUUGUCAAGGAGUUCAACUACAAGGUCUUCAGGGGCUACACUGUUGUCGUCUCGCAGUCGACAAAAGCCAUCAGGCUGGCGGAAGAGUGGGAAAAGAAUCCCGCGGUGAAGCGUUGCCAGCGCGUUCGGCAGUACCAGACGCCCAAAUCACCAACGACGUCGAUGGGGACCGACAAGAAGGAACACACGGUGAAGCGUCGUCAUGCCAACGUGGCUGAUGUCAACAGCCCUCUUAUGAUGGCCCAGAUAGACAUGCUUCACGCCAAGGGCUAUACCGGCAACGGCAGCAGGAUUGCCCUUGUCGAUUCGGGUGUUGAUUAUCACCACGACGCUUUCGGCGGCUGUUUUCGCAAGCAAGACUGUCUCGUAUCCUUCGGCUACGACGUUGUCGAUGGAGACAAGGACCCUAUGGAUUCCUGCAACGGCCACGGCACCUCCGUCGCUAGUAUUAUCGCCGCUCAGCCUAACCGGCUGGGCUUUACCGGCGUUGCUCCCAAGGCUACCCUCGGCGCGUACCGUGUCGUCGACUGCAAGGGCCGCAUGUCGACCGCUGCGAUAAUCGAAGCAUACAGCAGAGCAUUUGAAGAUGACGCCCAUGUCAUCGUCGGUGCUUUUAGCGUUUCUGAAGGAUUCUCCGAUUCAAUAGAGUCUUCGUUAAUCAGGAAUAUUGUCUGGAACGGCGUCCCUUGUAUCUUUGCGGCGGGCAAUUCGGGCGAAACCGGUCCGUUCGAUGGAAAUUCUCCCGGCGAUACAGAGGGGGCAACUUCGGUUGGUUUCUCGGAUAAUAUCCUCACGCCCACGCCCAUGUUCAAGGCAGAGUACCGCGUCGAUGGUGAUGGUGCUGUUGCUCACGGGGCAAAGUAUUUCAUAACACAUGGUACGGGGUAUGACGUUGAAGAAUUGAAUCUUACCCGAGCAAGGAUAAUUGCCGCCGGUGCGGUGGACAAAGACACGGGCGACCGGUGGGUCGAGCUUAUCCGCAAGGGCAGGACCGUCACCCUCAAGAUGGCCAGCCCCUCUACCCGGAAUCAAAGGAUAUCUACCUACGUCAACGGUGCUACUGGCGGUGCCGUUGACCUCCGUUCUUCCUGGGGCCCUACCUGGACGAUGGAUCAGAAACCCGACUUUGUGGCUCCCGGUGGAAAUAUGCUGUCUGCCCACCUUGCGGGGGGAUACGCUGUCGAGUCAGGGUCGUCUAAUUCUGCGCCGUUGGUGGCCGGUAUCGUUGCACUGAUUCGCGAAGUUCGCGGCCAUCUUGACCCCGUCACCAUCAACAGCCUACUAUCUUCUACUGCCAAGGCCCAGCGCUUCAAUGAUGGCACAAAGUUCUACGACUAUUAUGCCCCGGUCGCCCAGCAGGGAGCUGGUCUCGUUCAAGCGUACGAUGCAGCAUUUGUCAAAACCCUACUUGCGCCUUCCAGCCUCUCCUUUAACGAUAGCGAUCAUUUUGUCAGGUCGCAAGCGGUCACCAUUCAUAACAAUGGCUCGACGGAAAUGACUUAUAGAAUAUCCCACGUGCCCGCCAUUACCAUAUAUACCCUCGCCAAUGGGUCCCGCAACGCAUCCCCAUUCCCUGGCGUUGAGACCGUUCCGGCUGCUGCAGAGUUUAAGUUUAGCCAGGACACCAUUGUUGUCAAAGCUGGCCAACGGGUUACUUUCGAAGCACAACCAACCCCUCCAUCGGGCCUCAAUGCUUGGCGACUACCAUUGUGGUCCGGCUGGAUUGUGAUAAACAGUACCGACGGCACUACCUCUCUAUCUAUACCCUACCAAGGUCUUGCCGGCUCGCUUCGCAAUUCGACCUCUUUGGAUCCCAAUGGUGUCGGGAUGAUGCAGUCUCCCAAUUCGCAGUUUAUAAAGGAAGGAGAAACCAUUACUCUCCCUAGACGAGGUCGUAAAGAACAUGCCGCAGAUAUCCUACCCGGUAUUGGCUGCAGGCUAAUCCUUGGAUCUCGUCUCAUGACAGCACAUCUUCUGCCUUUAUCCUGCCCCUGUCAGAAUAUUACAACCGAGUACUGGGGCACGAAGACAAUCGGCCAGCCAAAAUCAUUCCCUCAGAUCAACAACCCCCACGGGGAAUUGACGGCUGCUUUUGACGGUAUGCUCGAAUCGGGUAAUUACGCGCCGCCGGGCAGGUAUAUGAUUGUCGUCCGUGCAUUACGAAUCUUUGGUAAUGCUACAAAUCAUGCCGACUGGGACACUGCCGUAUCACCGUCCUUUAACAUUAAAUACCAAGAAUAG